GGUAAGCUAUCUUUGCGAUUUGAUCUCAUCGUAUUGACAUGCUGCAGCAUCACAUUCACAACUAACUUCUUUGGCGUUCAUUUUCUAGCAGGCCACGUUAGGCAGAGGAGAGCGUUUCCAAAAUGUCUCUCGUGAUACCAGAGAAAUUCCAACACAUUCUUCGUGUCAUGGGCACGAAUAUUGACGGAAAGCGGAAAGUUAUGUUCGCAAUGACAGCAAUUAAAGGAGUCGGUCGACGUUAUGCUAAUAUAGUUUUAAAGAAGGCUAAUAUUGACUUAGACAAGAGAGCCGGUGAAUGCACUGAAGAGGAGGUGGAGAAGAUUGUGACUAUUAUGAGCAAUCCUCGCCAGUAUAAAAUUCCAGACUGGUUUCUUAAUAGGCAGAAGGACAUUGUCGAUGGAAAAUACUCUCAGUUAACCUCAAGUUACCUGGACAGCAAGCUCCGAGAAGAUCUUGAGAGGCUGAAGAAAAUCAGGGCCCAUCGUGGAAUGAGGCACUACUGGGGCUUGAGAGUGCGCGGUCAGCACACGAAAACAACUGGCCGCAGAGGAAGGACAGUCGGUGUGUCUAAGAAGAAGUAAACUAUUCUUUCAUGGUGUCUGUACGUUGACUUUUUCAAAUAAACAAGAAAUUCAAAAUA